UUAGCUACAGAACAGACAAUUCGCAAACGAAUAAAUUAACAAAAUAAUAAUAAUCUUAAGCUAAAAUUAAGAAUCCUUGAGGAAUAUUUCGUUUAAAUUGGUUACAAAAUUAAUUUGAAGAUUAUAAAUAAUCCUGAGAGAAAUUUUUUUAACAAAUUAGUGAAAAAUUGCAAGGCUUUUGAGGGUUUUCCUGAUUUUUCCUAAUAGUGAUGAUAGCUGACAUGAGAAAAUUCCUCACCAAACUCUAAAAAUAAUAUUCCCUCAAUUGACCCGACCCAAAAGAAUUUGGGAAAAUGGCUUAUGUGUCCUCAGUUCCUCCAACACGAUCAGAUCCACCGGGUCUGGGUCCAAAAAAGACUUUUUUCGUAUUGGUCACGGUUGUUGGAUGCAUAGCAAUUCUAUGGCCUAAAGUAUUUCAACCCAUGUUUAUGGGUGCCGGACAAGGCGGCAGAUCACUCAUGGAUGACCACAGGGGAUCAGGAUGCUGUGAUGUGGUACUAGAUUCAGAUGAAUUUGCAAAUGUCUCUUCGACAAUUUCGUCCAUAGAGCAUCCUAAAAUAUUUCGAAAGAACAUCAAUUUAUUUACGGGGGAAAUUAGUAUAAGACAGGAGCGACCUCCUCAUAUCCGUCCUGAUGCUAUUCAUCCAGCAAUGAGGGAACGUGGUAGAGCAAUACCGUCAACGCAAACUAUUCCCAUUGUAGAUAGAAAUACUCCAACAGGCAUACCUGGAUCAAGUCGAGUGGUUGACGGACGACCGCGACCAAUGCCAAAUUUACCGCGACCACCGAUGGGAGCUGGUUCAAUUCACCAAGCUACGGGACAAAAGUCAACGAACACAAUGGGUUUCGUGAUGCCUCUUUAUACCAUUGGGAUUGUUUCCUUCUUCAUUUACACUCUAAUGAAGAUUGUUAUGAAGAAAUCAAAUAAUAGUUCACCCUAUCCAAUACCUCAAAAAGAAGAUCCAAACUUCAGGAAUGUAGUUUUUGAGCAACAAGAAUAUGCGGGAUACAAGCGACCCAGUGAUUCAGGAUCAUCGAAAUUAGGAUGGAAAGAACAUGAAGCAAAGUUCAAUGAGACAAAACAUCCUCCUGCCUCUUCUAUCACGAAUUUGUCUUUUAUGGAAAAAGAAAAGGAAGACGUCAUGGAGAUUACUUUGCUACGAAAAAAAUUGCAGGAGACAGAGAGUACAAUGGCAAAUAUAAUUGCGGAAUUGGGGAAAGUUGCUUCCAAAAAAGAGGGAAAUCAGAAUUCAACAGAUGUUUAUCAGCGACACGGACAAAUAAAGCCAGCAGUAGAGGAAACACUCAGCAAUGGACAGGUGAAUCAAGCAGAAAAGUUUGAAGAGAAAUCAACAAAGCAUAAAAAACGCGAUCUCAGCAGUGAAAGGGCGACCGUUAAGGUUCUGGGUAUGGAAAUGACUGCCAGUUGCCAAGGAGGACAAAAAUGGAGUGGUCGUCCUCCGACUCCAGUUUUUUCUUCACAGUUUCAUCCACAUUCCCCCCCAUCGGAGGAUGCUGAGGAGAGUCCAGAGCCACAAAGUAUAUUCUUACAGGGAGCUUUGCCGCAUGAAUCUCAAAUUUUAGUGGCAGAUUCUGCUGUUACGGAGGAAAAUAUUGAGACGGAUGAUGAGGAAAAUGGGGCAAUUGUUCUUAGUAGUAAAAUGACUCUCUCCCUAAUCAGUUUGGAUCCUCCCGAAGACAAGGAUAAGUCUGAAAGUGAUGUUGAUGAUAAGGAAAAUUUAAAACCAGAAAGAGAAACAACAGGAAAAGUCAAUGAAAAACCAACAAAUGAGAAGGAAUAAAGAAAAGAAUUUUUCUCUUUAUUGUUAGAUCUACCUAUUUAAUAGCUUUAGCGGGUUUAGCACCAUGCCUGAUAUUUUGUGGCCAACCAAAAAUAUUAAAUAAUUCUCUUACCUAUCCAUUAAUUUUGAAAUUGCAUAUAGUAGCGAUAACAUUGUGUAUGGCAUUUUAUGGUUAGAUAAUGUGUAAAAGGGGUAAAAGAAUUUAAUCCGGAUUUUUUGGUUUCUUUUAAAUGUAAGCUAUUGUAAGGAAUUUAAAGGGUUGUAUUGUUGUACGGAUUUAGUGCUCCAUCCUGUAAAUAUAUUUAUGAGACGCGAGGAGAUAAAACGAAUUGCAGAAUUCUUGCAUUUUGCACGAUUGAAAUAAUAAAUAAAAUUGCUGUAACACAUAAUGUAUGUAGGUUGUAAUUUGUAAAUAGAGCGUUUUGUCUGAAAAUAAAGUAUCAUCGCAAGAAUUA